AUGUCUUUAGACAAAAGAAAUUUUCCUUCUCUCCUUCCUUUCUUUCCCUUAGUCUCUCCUUCCUUUCUUUCCCUUAGUCUCUCCUUCCUUUCUUUCCCUUAUCUCUGUCCUUUCUUUCCCUUAGUCUCUCGUCCUUUCUUUCCCUUACUUAGUCUCUCCGUCCUUCCCCUCCUUUCACUCAGUCUCUGGAGUCUCUCCGUCCUUCCCUCCUUUCCUCCAGUCUCUCGUCCUUCCCUCCUUUCACUCAGUCUCUCCGUCCUUCCCUCCUUUCACUCAGUCUCUCCGUCCUUCCCUCCUUUCACUCAGUCUCUCCGUCCUUCCCUCCUUUCACUCAGUCUCUCCGUCCUUCCCUCCUUUCACUCAGUCUCUCCGUCCUUCCUCCUUUCCUCAGUCUCUCCGUCCUUCCCUCCUUUCCUCAGUCUCUCCGUCCUUCCCUCCUUUCCUCAGUCUCUCGUCCUUCCCUCCUUUCACUCAGUCUCUCCGUCCUUCCUCCUUUCACUCAGUCUCUCGUCCUUCCCUCCUUUCCUCAGUCUCUCCGUCCUUCCCUCCUUUCACUCAGUCUCUCCGUCCUUCCCUCCUUUCUCAGUCUCAGUCUCUCGUCCUUCCCUCCUUUCCUCAGUCUCUCCGUCCUUCCUCCUUUCACUCAGUCUCUCGUCCUUCCUCCUUUCACUCAGUCUCUCCGUCCUUCCCUCCUUUCACUCAGUCUCUCCGUCCUUCUUUCAUUGGGAACUCUAUGGCUGGACCAUGGAUGCCAUUGUGAAAGAAGUAGGAAGAAAGAAUAAUUGCACAUUUUGUGGUGUCUUUCGGCGUCAAGCCUUGGACCGAGGUGCAGCUAUGUUGAAAGUUGACAAAAUUGUGACAGGACACAAUGCUGAUGAUAUUGCCGAAACUGUGAUAAUGAAUGUUUUACGUGGAGAUAUUUCCCGACUGUCUCGGUGUACAGCAAUCACAACUGCUUCAGAAGGAAUGCUACCUCGUUGCAAACCUCUCAAGUACACGUAUGAAAAGGAAAUUGUUAUGUAUGCCUAUUUUAAGAAACUGGAUUAUUUUUCUACAGAAUGUAUCUAUUCUCCAAAUGCUUACAGGAGACUUCACAGCCACAUCACGAUCAAAGAUCUGGAUGGAUCACUUGGGAAACCAAGUUCCAUCAUUGAUAUCAUUCAUUCUGGAGAAAGUCUGGCUGUGAAGAAGAAAGUAAAAUUACCUGUUCAAGGUUCUUGCAGUAGGUGCCAUUAUGUGUCCAGCCAGCCAGUCUGUAAAGCAUGUAUUCUUCUGGAAGGUCUUAAUAAAGGAAUUCCCAGAUUGGGAAUUGGCAAGCAACACAAAGAAAGACGAAAGAUGGAGGAAAAACUUGCUGCACUUAAAUUAAAUCAAGAGGAAGACGGAUGUCAACCUCAACGUGACUGCGCAUGUAAAAAGCUGCAAAAUGCAACCGACAACGCUGAUCAAAUUGAUAACAAUGGAGAUAACUCCCAUUAG